GCAGUAGCGCCGGGCGCCUCGACGCGGCAGCACGCACGUACGGCAGUCCUACGCUCCCCCGUCCCUCAAGGGAGCCGCCCUGACCGCGCGAUUCAAACGCGCGCGCGCUCGCGUGUGCCGCAUCGGUUCUCUCUGCUAUACUACCCUUACUGUGCUUGUGCCCGACGAUGACGAUGACGGAGUGCUGGUGAGAGGCACUCUUGCGCGAGUGCUCUACGUUUCUGCGAUUCUGUGACAGUGAGAGAUAGAGAGAGAGAGAGAGAGAGAGAGAGAGAGAGAGCGCCGAUUUCAGCCGAGUUCGAGAGCAAGUGCGGGACGAUGUGGACGAUCGCAGCGCUCCUGCUGCUGACGCGGCUCAGCGGCUCGCUCGCCGUCUCCGUUUCUGGUAUCAAAGUCGACAUAAACGUGCCAGAGGAAGCGGAGCUCGGGCAUUCGGUGGACCUCAAGUGCUCCUGGAAACUUCCCUCCAGGAACAGCACGCUCUACUCGGUCAAGUGGUACAAGGACGAGCACGAGUUCUUCAGCUACAAUCCCGAGAACAGCGUCCACGACCGCACAAAGGUCCACCCGCAGAAGGGAGUCAACGUCGACAUUAUGUACAGCGAUCAGAACCUGAUACGACUGACGGACCUGAGCCUCAACAGCUCCGGCCAGUACAAGUGCGAGGUGUCCACCGGGCCGCCGUUCUUCGCCACCAACUACAAGCAGAAGAACCUGACCGUUAUAGCGCUGCCGAGCCAGGGCCCCGAGAUAACCGGCGUGACGCCCUACUACGCGCCCGGUGAGAACGUGACCGCCAACUGCACCUCCUGGCCGUCGGUGCCCAAGGCCAAGCUGUACUGGACCAUCAACAACAAGACGGUACCGGCGGACUACGUGAUCCGGCAUCCGGAGCUCAAGCCGAUCAAGGGCCAGGGCACGCCGAACAGCCUGGGCCUGCGCUUCGAGAUGGAGUCGCGCCAGCUGCGCGGCGCGAGCCUACUGCGGAUCCGCUGCGUGGCCCACGUGGGCUCGCGCCGCUACGAGACCGAGCGCACCAUCCAGCUGGCCCACGCCAACAACCAGCGCUUCAGCGCCGGCGACCUCCGCAGUGUCGGCAGCGCCACCUACGCCAGCGCCGCGCUCGUCCUGCUCCUGGCGGCGGCGCUCGCGACGUGACCUGCUGCAGGAGAGACGCGGGACUGGGAGCGCUACGACCUAACCUAGAUUACCGUGCGGCGAGUGUGCGACUUUUGAGGUCGUGCUUUGUAAAUUCGUGUCCGGUGCAGAGCGAGCGGUAUACCGUAUACGGUACGGUUUAUGACGUAGCUGUUAGGGUCGUAGAGAGAGGGCGCUCCGGGGCUCUCGAAGCGCAUGAAAGUAUGUACACAGACACACGCUCGCUUUAAUGAGAUACGGAUUACGGUUAAGCUAUAUCAAGGGUGCGUCGCUAAAAUUAUGCGGAUGAAUGCGUUACAAUAAGUGGGAUUUCGCGAAAUUCCUCUUUGCUGUCCAUCGUUAACUUGAAUAUACCUAUAUGAUAUACAUACAUUAAACAGUGACGGGAGAGAAUAAGAGAGCCAUUUUUAACGAUACGAAGUAUAUUAUACAUAAUUUUUGUAAAUAAAUUUCAUUGUAAAAACGACGACGGUGGUUAUCAGUCGAGAAACCGGUGCGACGGCAGAAUUGGUAAUUAGGACAUUCCUGUUAUUCAUUGUAUAUGUAUUAAGGGGUUUGCGUAAAUAUAGCUUCUAAUGAGAACUGUACAAAGGUAAACGGACAAGAAAACAGUACGCUACGGCAUUCCUACUUUGUAGCUUCGACGAACGAUUUGUUCAGUUUGAUCUCCAUACUCUAGUCUAGACAAAAUAAUCGACGCUACGCGGCCAGCGCUUUAAACAAGAUUCAACGCAAGCAAACUCGAGACUCUCGAGAUAAGGGUCUCCUCCCGGGUUUUCCAGCAAUUUCGAGAUAAAUACACGCAAAAGAAAACGUUUUGUCCAUAAUUAGGAAAAAAAAAAACAGAAAGUUCACACUUCCGCGAGGCUUUAACACCAUUGUAUGCAUAGUAAGCGAGUAAUUCUACUAAUAGGAGUGGCCCUUCAUCGGGGCGAAUUCUGAAAAAAAGGAUGUCGAGGGCCCGUGCCGGAGGUCGUUAUACAGGCGCCGGAGAGAUAGAGAGAGAGAGAGAGAGAGAGAGAGAGAGAGAGAGAGAGAGAGAGAGCUUUCAUAAUCGAUAAAUUCAAUUUAUGCUUUGUCUUAUUUAAUAUAAACGCCGGACGGGAAAAUGAAGCGAAAGAGGAAGUAAAUUUAAUUUAGCGAAUAUCCGCGUCGCGACGAGAAAUAUUCCUUGUCCGCGCGCAUUGAUUCUUUCAAACUAUAGCUAUACAUAUACGCUCUUAUUGCGAGAUACAAGUUUCCCGCUGCCGUGUAAAAUUAUUAUUAUUAUUAUUAUUAUUAUUAUUGAAAGUCUACGAAAUAUUUAUUUUAGUAAAAAAGAAGGAUUUAUGAAAGAAGUUAUUAUCAGCCUCAUUGAUUUGUUUCGUUGUCUGUAAGCUUGCCUUUUGUAUAUAUAUUUCAAAAAACCUGCAUGAUAACGAGGCGAACAGCUUCGCAGAGAAAGAGAGUAAAUGUUAAAUUCAACGUAAUAUUUUUAUAUAUAAGUAUAACAUCGUUUCUUCCUGGGGAAAUAAAGUAAUCAAAAGAAUAAAAUCAUUGUUUUCAAUCAAAAGUACGCAGUUAUACCAGACGAACGAGAGACCGUAAAAAGCACGCAUUGUAAUAAAAAAGUUAAAAGAAUCGAUUAUAUUAUAAAAGUAUCUAUACAUAUAUGAUAUAUAUAUAUAUAUAUAUACAAAUAAAGAACUAUACGUCUAUGUAAAUAACAACGCACUCUCUAUAAAAGCAAAGUAAGCGAUGCAAGCGCAAACACGCGCUGCGGUGAUCUUGGACGCCGAAGUUCUAAAAAGUGUAUCCAUCCUAUACCAUAGCGGCCAUGGUGUCGCGCGGCGAGAAAGGAGAAGAAGUAUAUUAUACGAGCUCCUUGUCUCUCGAGGGAGAGCCGCGAGUUAUCGGCGACGCCGCGGUCGCGAGGGGGAAUCUAUGAGGAGAGACUCGACGUGCGAGAAAUCGGUCGCGGGGAUGCAGGGAAGAGCCCCUCCUUUUUGUUCGUGACUCGUUUGCGAAAUCAUUUCAAACUUGUCGUACAUAUCGGCUCGAGUCGUCGCGCAUACCUAAUCUUUGAUGUGCGUAUAACUUGCGCAACAAUGCUAUCUUUAGUUUGCGCAAAGAGAAAAGAAAAGCGAAAGAGGCUCAAUCGCGGCGAGUUCCACUCGUUAAGCGGGGCAGCGGCGCAGGAUUUUAUCGCCAUUAAGUUUUCGCGACAACGAGCCUUAUUAUAUAUCGCGAGGCGCGUUGCGUCAGGCCCUGCUUGCGCAAUUUACGUCCGAGUGCAUCCGGCGUCUAAUUCUAUUCAUUCAUCACCGAAUUCCAGGUAUAUAUGGUAGGAAAGUUUCGCGGGUACGACGACUCGGCUCUUCCCUCCCUUUGGCUCGCGCAAAACGUGCGGCUCUGCGGGUAUGCCUACGAGGAUGUGUGCGCGUGUGUGAUAUGGUUGAACCUUGCUGCUUUUCAUCGUACCUUUGAUUUUCAUAUUUCCACUGCCGACUUCUCCCAACUGACAGCGUCAAAAACAAUGGUUUCAUCGAUGUGUUGUACUCGGACAUCGGCGAGGUUCGAUCGGCGUGAAUGCGAUUUUCUAGGCACAAUGUAACAGUAAUCAUUGAAAAAACUCGUCGAGGAUGCGCGACGUUAAAAAUCCAAAAAAGUAACAAAUAGCCUCGAAUCUGUAACAGCGACAUAAGUGAAAAUAGAAAUUGUAAAUGACAAACCCAAGUAUAUUACGGCAGUUGCAUUGGAAUCCAGCUGGUAGUCUUUAAUUUUCCUCUACAUGUACAACAAGCCAAGCUCUUGUUUCCCCGCUGAAAAUCCGCUGCGUUUUUUACCUGCGAAAUUGUCGACGAUUCGAAUUGUUGUUCCCAGAGUACGAGAGAGAGAGAGAGAGAGAGAGAGAGAGAGAGAGAGAGAGAGAGAGAGAGAGAGAGAGAGAGAGAGCGAUAUGCACAUAUAUUAAACGACAGAACGAAUAACACUUUUAUCUCUGUGAUGAUAAGGAUCACGUGAAUUUCCGCGCCAUUUUUCGUGUACUGAAAAAAACAAAACCAGAACUAUGGAAAGAAUAAAUUAUACGAGUAAUAAAACGA